CUUUAUUCCUACAAAGGGAAAACUCCAUUACAUCUUAUCAAUAUCUCCUCUUCUUCUUCUAACAAGAGAGAGAAAGAGAUGGGAAAUUUAAAAAGUGAUCUUUGCAGAUGGGAAGAGGUAAUAAGAUUGAGAUCAAGAGGAUUGAAAACUCAAGCAACAGGCAGGUGACCUAUUCCAAAAGAAGAAAUGGGAUCAUGAAAAAAGCAAAGGAAAUCAGCGUUUUGUGCGAUGCUCAUGUUUCUGUCAUCAUCUUCGCCAACUCCGGCAAGAUGCACGAAUUCUGCACCCCUUCUACCACACUGGUUGACAUGUUAGAUCAGUACCACAAACUGUCCGGAAAGAGGCUCUGGGAUGCAAAACAUGAGCACUUGGACAAUGAAAUCAACCGAAUCAAGAAAGAGAAUGACAGCAUGCAGAUUCAGUUGAGGCACCUAAAAGGAGAAGAUAUAUCUAAUUUGAGUUACAAGGAGCUCAUGGUGUUGGAGGAAGCCCUCGAAAACCGAAUUACAACUCUCAAAUCCAAACAGAUGGAGUUCGUGCGGAUUAUGAGGAAACAUAAUGAAAUGGAGGAGGAGAAUCAGAACCUUCUAUUCAAGCUGAUGCAUCUGGAUCCGAUGGACGAUAACGUGAUGGAGGCGCAGGGCGUGUACGAUCAUCAAGUUGCGGACUAUGAAGCACAGCAGCAGAUGCCAUUCGCCUUCCGCAUGCAGCCUAAUCUGCAGGGCGUUUCUAAGGGCUUCCUACUUACCUACAAAUUUACAAAUAACUGCACAACUUUGGAUUUAGUUGGUGUUAAUUUGUGGAAGACUGUAAUGUAAUGUGUUAUUUGUGGCCUAACUCAACAAUUUUCUACUAGUAUGUUAUUGUAACUUGGAAGAUGACUUAGUCAUACUAGUAAUGUGCUUUAGGAUGUGUUUGCAUAACUAUAUAUCAUCAUCACUGUUUGUGUUUUUUCACUCCAUCUACAAUUUCAAUAUACAAGGGCCUUCAUUUAUUCA